AUGGCGGUCGGUGACUCGGACCGUGUCCAAGAAGCCCAGAAGCUCACCAAGACCAACCCUGGCAAAGCAGAGGCCAUCUACAAGGAAAUCACAUCUACUGCCCCCAGUGCAGCCUCCGAUUCCGCGACCCGAGAAUAUGAGAUUGCUCUGAUCAGCCUAGGCGAGCUCUACAGAGACCAGACGCGGACACAGGACCUGGUCAACCUUGUAAAAGAGAGCAGAUCAGUGUUUUCCUCCUUUGCAAAGGCCAAGUCUGCUAAGCUGGUGCGCCAACUGCUCGACAUCUUCAGAGACAUUCCCAACAGUACCGACAUCGAGAUUGCUGUGACUAAAGAUUGUAUCGAAUGGGCUACUUCCGAACGCCGCGCUUUUCAGCGACAGGACUUGGAAGUCCGACUCGUCACCCUUCACAUGACCAAGCUAUCUUGGUACGAUGCGCUUACCCUCAUCAAUGGACUUCUUCGCGAGCUCAAGCGUCUCGAUGACAAGCUACGCUUAGUCGAAGUCCAGCUCCUCGAGUCCCGAGUCUACCACGCCCUUGGAAACAUCCCGAAGGCCCGCGCUGCUUUGACCAGCGCCCGAACAAGCGCCGCCAGCGUCUACACCCCUCCAUUGCUUCAAGCCAACCUCGAUAUGCAGAGCGGUAUGCUUCACGCCGAGGAUAAGGACUUCAAUACCGCAUUCUCAUACUUCAUCGAGGCGUUGGACGGAUACCACAGCCAGGAGGAGAGUGGCAAGGCGCAGGCGGCCCUCCAGUACAUGCUGCUUUGCAAGAUUAUGCUGAACCUUGUUGAGGACGUCAACCAGCUCAUGUCGUCCAAACAGGCGCUCAAGUAUGCUGGGAAGAACCUUGAGGCUAUGAAGGCCAUUGCUCGCGCGCACUCGAAUCGCUCCCUGGAGGAGUACGAGAGGGCUCUCUCUGCCUACCGGUACGAGCUGGGCAGUGAUGCUUUCAUCCGCAACCAUCUUCGACGACUUUAUGAUGCCAUGUUGGAGCAGAACUUGAUCAAGGUUAUCGAGCCAUUCUCUCGCGUUGAGAUUGACCAUAUCGCUAAGAUGGUCGGUCUUGAUACGCAGCAAGUUGAGCGCAAGCUAUCACAAAUGAUCCUGGACAAGGUCAUCAUUGGCGUCCUCGAUCAAGGUGCAGGAUGCCUAAUCAUCUUCGAUGAGACUCAUCGUGACGAAUCUUACGACGCUGCUCUGAAGACUAUUGAUAAGCUGAGCAAUGUGGUGGAUGCGUUAUACACGAACCAGGCUUCUCUGCUAGAGUAA